AUGAGCCAGCUGCGCAAAAAACAGUCGCUGUCCAUACUGUCCGGAUCGCAUCUGAACCAGCUGAGCGGAGCGACAAUUGUCGGCUCCGACAGACCGCUGAAAGAGAGAGUCAUCAGCGAAAGCACGGGGCUAAUCAAAUUCGCACUGCGCCAGAGCUCCGACAAACACAGCCCAGACGACGAGGCCGACAAGCAGGGUCUGCCAAUCUACAUUCCAAUCGAGGAAAACGUGAAAGAGGCCCACGAAAGGACUGAAGAGCUAAACACGCUCAUGUUCCAGCUGGCCUCGAAACAGCGCAAGGCGCUCGAAUUGAGGGACGAGCUGGAAUCGGUCGAGUCAGAGGUGAGGAAUUUGGAGCUGGCGUGCAGAAAACUGAUGGAUAUCCCCGAGGAAAGGAAGUUGGCAAAGAAACAGUCCAUCAUGAAAUUUGCUCCGCGGACCGAGAAACUCAACCAGGAGCCAUAUACACAGCUGACGAAGACGCUCAACACUUUUACCAGCAACUUAAGCAGCAACAUCAAUGCGAACGAGCUGCUGAAUAAGGGAAAGACGUUUAUCGAAAGCCUGAAUAAGGAGAACGAGAAGUGGCUUUCGGAUUUGCAGAAUAGAGCCACAAGCUUCAAGAACGAGGAACACUCGAUGCUCAAAAAGCUCAUGAGACAGAGAGCCGAAAACUCGCCGCUGAUCCCGAAGUUCAGGUCGUCUCUCAAUCUGUUUCACGCGUCCGAGCCGGACAACGAGUCUGAGUUCUCGGACGACGAACACUACGGCGGCGAAACCUCGCCAUACAUUGCAUAGUCCCAACACACACACACACACAACCUUGCACCGCGAGCAGCUUAUCGGGGCGAAAAAUAUAUUAAAAUUUUUAAUCGCGCAGAGUCAUUUAUUCCUGUAAGAAAAAAAAAACCACGGAAACCGGAAAUUACUCUUAAUGACUCUUCAUUAUCUACUUUUAUCGUUUACACUAUUUCUUUUUCACCCUCAAGCGGACUGUCUUUGGUACUCCUUGGUCAUGUCUGCGUCAGGAAUGGAGCCGCAAACAGUCUCGACCAUGAUACCCGUAACCAGGUAAGGAUCGAUGUUGGAAGCUGGUCUUCUGUCCUCAAAGUAUCCGUAGCCCUCGGCCUGGACAGAUCUUGGGAUUCUGACAGAUGCGCCUCUGUUGGCGACACCGUAAGAGAAGCUCUCCAUGGAGGCGGUCUCGUGGCGACCGGUGAGUCUGAGAUCGUUGUCGGAACCGUAAAGAGCAAUGUGCUCCUUGUGUCUCUUGGAGAGUUUCUCGAUGGCCUCCUCGAUGGCCUUCAUUCCGCCAGGCUUUCUCAUCGAGGCAGUGGAGACGUUGGUGUGGCAGCCAGCACCGUUCCAGUCUCCCUUCAGUGGCUUUGGAUGGAAUGUCACCUUGACACCAAACUCCUCAGCAACUCUGUUGAGCAGGUAUCUGGCGAUCCAGAGCUCGUCUCCCAUCUUGAUUCCCUCACAUGGUCCCACCUGGAACUCCCACUGGGAAGGCAUGACCUCGGCGUUGAUACCAGAGAUGGUGAUGCCGGCGUACAAGCACGCUCUGUAGUGCGCCUCGAUCACGUCUCUGGCGUACACUUUUCCGGUACCCACACCGCAGUAGUAUGGUCCCUGUGGAGCUGGGAAACCUCCCUUUGGCCAGCCAUAGAUAGAGCCGUCCACAGGGUCCAAGAGAGUGUACUCCUGUUCAAGGCCAAACCAGAUAUGUUCAGAAGCGUGGGCAGUCAUGAGCUUGUUGCACUCGUGUCUGUGGUUGAACUUGUUUGGGGUACCGUCGUUGUUCCAGCACUCACAAAGAACAAUGAUGUUAUCGCCCUUUCUGAAUGGGUCUGGGUAGUAGGCGACGGGUCUCAGGUACACAUCCGAGUUGUCGCCGGGAGCCUGGCCGGUGGAGGAGCCGUCAAAGUUCCACUCUGGCAGCUGGGACAAGUCUGUGAUCUUCUUGGACAGGGUUCUGCCCUUGGAUCUCGUUUCUCCGGAACUGUCGAUCCAGACGUAUUCGGCGACGAUCUUUCCACGCUGAUCCAGAUCCAAAUACUUGGACAGGAUGUUGGUGUGUUCCAAAAUCGAGAUUUCUUGAACCAUUG